UCAAGUAAGGAUAGAGUAGUGACUAAAAAGACUCUGGGUUUUAUUGAUGCUGUGUUUUCAUGGUCUCUUGAAGACAUAUUCAAUGAUAACCUUUACAAGGAUCAGGUGGAAAAAAUUCCAGUUUCAUUUCAAAGCACGGAACAUUAUCUUGGGUCAUAUGUUUUGCCAUUGUUGGAAGAGACGAGAGCCGCAAUACGUUCAGCUAUGGAAAGUAUAGCUAGAGCGCCUUAUGCUGAAGUGACAUAUCUUAACGAGGCAAAGCCACACGGGACAUUAUCGUUUGAUGUAAAUGUUGAUUACUGGAGAAACAGGUUCAGUGAUCGUGUGAAGGGACCAUAUAAAACAUUGCCUGGAGAUAUUUUUGUCAUAGCAGAUACUAAACCUGAAACUGCGUCUAAUUUACAAAGGAAAGGGAGAACCUGGGCGUUUGCUUUAGUCACUAAUAUUACAGCGGAUGACGAUGAGGAUAAUAGCUCAUCUACUUCCUUCAAAGUGAAGGCACUGGAAGACAUUGCAUCCAAAGAUGAGAUGCAGAACUCACUAUUUGUAGUUUUCCUGAGGAAUGUAACCACAGAGAGACGAAUAUGGAAUGCAUUGCACAUGAAGGGAAACCUAAAGAUUAUCAAAGAACUUUUGCCCACUGGUUCUGUGGUAGAAGAAAGCUGCAGUCUUUGUUCCUCACAGAAUGAUGGAACCUUGAAUCAGAUAUUUCUGACAAGUUUGCUGUCUCAACUGAAUGAAUCUCAAAGGAAGGCAGUUUCGGCUUGUCUUAACAAAGUGCAGUGCAACCACAAGGCUCAUGUGGAACUUAUUUGGGGCCCACCGGGAAGUGGGAAAACUACAACUGUUAGUGUCCUGCUGCUUACUCUGUUGAGAAAGAAAUGUAGGACACUCACUUGCGGCCCAACCAAUAUUGCAGUUACAGAAGUAGCUGCACGUGUCCUAAAGCUGGUAAAAGAGGCCAGGAAAACACCCUCUGUAACAGAUGAUCAAUUUUGUUCCUUGGGAGACAUCCUCUUAUUCGGCAGUAAAGAGAGACUUAAGGUUGAUACAGAGAUUGCAGAAAUAUUUCUGGAUUAUCGUGUAAAAAGGCUUACAGAGUGCUUAGGCCAGCUCGGUUGGUGGCACUGUUUUACUUCAAUGAUAACAUUUCUAGAAGAUUGUGUCACUCAGUACCAUAUUUUCUUGGAAAAUGAAUCAAUCAAAGAGAGGGAACAUAUUCGUGAAAAUGAAAACCAUGAGAAAGAGUGUCGCAGUGAAACUGAUUUUAAGAAGGCGAAACACAAAUCAUUUCUUGAAUAUGUAAGAGAAAGAUUUGUCUCUACAACAGACCCACUCAGAAGAUGUGUCUCGAUUUUACAGACCCAUGUACCCAAAAUCUACUUUCUGGAACAUAAUAUCCAAGACAUUCGAAACUCUUUUUGACUUGCUUGAUUCUUUUAGAACUGUGCUGUUUCGUGAGGAUGUAGUUUCUGAAGAAGUGGAGGAGCUCUUUUUACUUUCGACAGAUGUUAAAUUGCUUCGCCAAAAUGCCGAAACAUCACUCUUGCUGUGCUCGGUAAGAAGCCAGUGUCUUUCUGUUUUGAAAGCCCUCCGUGAUUCUCUUCAGGAACUCAAACUACCAAGUGCCAGGAACAAGGAUUCGAUAAUACGAUUCUGUUUUCAAACAGCGUCCUUACUCUUUUCCACUGCAUGCGGUUCACAUAAACUCUAUAAACUUGAAAUGAAACCACUGAAUGUGUUAGUGAUUGAUGAAGCAGCACAGUUAAAAGAAUGUGAAUCAGCCAUACCCUUGCAACUGCCCGGAAUAGCACAUUCCUUUCUUAUUGGUGAUGAAUGGCAAUUGCCUGCUACAGUUCUAAGCAAUGUUUCUGAUGAAGCUGGCUUUGGAAGAAGUUUAUUUCAAAGGCUAACGACAUUGGGUCACUCAAAGCACCUUUUGAAUAUUCAGUACAGAAUGCAUCCGUCAAUCAGUUGCUUUCCAAAUGCAAGGUUCUAUUCUAACCAGAUCUUGGAUGCACCGUGUGUUAAGCAUAGGAGUUAUGAGAAGCAUUAUCUUCCAUGGCCUAUGUUUGGUCCUUAUUCCUUCAUAAAUGUCUGCGGAAGAGAAGAAGUUGUUGAUGCUGGAUAUAGCCAUAGAAAUAUGGUUGAGUUAGCUGUUGUGCAGAGGUUGGUGCGAACUCUGUACAAAGCAUGGAAUGGCUCAAGAGAGAAGCUCAGUGUUGGUAUAAUCUCUCCCUAUGCUGCUCAGGUUGUUGCAAUUCAGGAGAAACUUGGUGGGAAGUAUGAGAAAAUUGAUGGCUUUGUAGUGAAGGUGAAGACAGUUGAUGGGUUCCAGGGUGGUGAGGAAGAUAUUAUAAUAAUAUCAACUGUGAGAUCAAAUAGUUCAGGUGCAAUUGGAUUCAUGUCCAAUCCUCAAAGAACUAAUGUUGCUCUUACAAGGGCUAGGCACAGCCUCUGGAUUUUGGGGAAUGGAGAAACGCUGGCCAAAAGUGAAUCUGCUUGGGAGGCUUUAGUUCAUGAUGCAAAAGCUCGUUCUUGUUUUUAUAAUGCUGAUAAAGACAAGGAAUUGGCAAAAGCUACUUUAGAUGCCAAGAAAGCUUUAAAUCAACUUGAUGACUUGCGUAAUGGCCACAGUGCUCUUCUCAAAAGUGCUAGGUGGAAGGUUCUUUUCAGCGAUUGCUUUAGAAUGUCGCUCGGGAAGCUGAAAUCUGUCCAGACCAAGAAAUUAGUUUUAAACCUUCUACUUAAACUUUCCAGCGGCUGCCGACCUAAGAAGAGAAAAGUGGAUUUAAUUUCUGAAAGCUCUGGAAGGAACAUGACCAAGUCCGCAAUACAAGUUAACUCCGAGUUAGUAAAAACAUCUUCAGAUUCUUUCCAGAUUACCAAAUCAAUUCAAUUCACUAAACCAGCAGAUUCUUUUUUAUUUAAAUUGUAACAAUAGUUUGAAUUUGUAUCCUGAAUAAUUUGUUCUUGUGUAUAUAUACACACUUAUGGUAAAUCAAUGAAUUAAGGUUAAUUUGA